AUGUAUAAAAACCAGCUGCAAGAGCUGGCACAACGGAGCUGCUUCAAUUUGCCGUCGUAUUCGUGUAUAAGAGAAGGUCCGGAUCACGCGCCGCGUUUCAAAGCCACCGUUAACUUUAAUGGCGAGACGUUUGAGAGUCCACAGUACUGUACAACUCUUCGCCAGGCGGAGCACUCAGCUGCUGAGAUGGCUCUUAACGCCCUUGCCAGCCGCGGCCCUUCUAACUCUCUAGCCGCCCGAAUUUUGGACGAGACAGGUGUAUAUAAGAAUCUCUUGCAGGAGGUUUCUCAAAGAGUUGGAGCGUCUUUGCCAGUGUAUGAAACUUUUAGAUCAGGCUUGGGUCACUUACCAGUAUUUACAUGUACUGUAGAGCUGGCAGGAGUGAUAUUCACCGGUGAGCCAGCUAAGAAUAAAAAGCAAGCUGAAAAGAAUGCAGCCAUGGCUGCUUGGAUGUCUCUGAAACUGAUGGUGCAACAGCAGUCAGAAAAGGCAACGCCAGAAAAGGUGAAAAAUGACGAACAAGAGCAUAUUACUGUGGCACGGGCUCUGCAGAAGUACCUCAUUCGGGCAAGAAUGGCUAAAGAACAAUUCCCAAUUAGAUUUCCGACACAGAAUACAAGACCUCCAAGCACGGUACAGCCGCCUGCUACAUCAUCAAAGAUUCUUCCUUUCAUAUGUCAUAGACAAGCCCGUAGCAAGCCUGUCCUUUCCUCCGGAAAUAUUGGUUCAUUAAGCUCAAAGCCGACUCCUCCAAGCAGACCCGUCAUGGCAACCAUAAAUGACAGUGCAGCCUAUCCUAAAAUAACUCAGGGCCAGCAAACAGGUGCUGCUGUCAAUGAUUAUUUAUCACUGUUAACAGAUAACAGGGGCAAGCCAAAGUUUCCAGCGGCUGGAGCAGCACCUUACAUACCCAUCAGGCAUUUUAGUCCUCAUCAUAGGAUGGCACCACCUGUGACGGUUCGAAAUGCUAUUCCUGUUUUCUCUUCACCACCUCUUCCACCUCCUUCUCAAUCUCCUCGGAUGAUGAGGCCUCCUCCAUCUUCAAGUGUGGUCCCACCUGUUUGCUUAAGACCAGCAGUGGCCAGUUACUGCACACCACCAGUUCGUAUGGAACGUCUAUCCUUGUUGGAUUCACCCAUUCAUGCAGACGAGUCACCAUUUUCUAAGCCACCUAUGCUUCCCAGGUUUGAAGAAUCACUGGGUCCGAAAGUUUCCCAAGCUAAACCAGAGAAUCCACCUAGUGUCCAGACGAGUAUUGGGAGAGUCGAGGAGCUGCCUCCUAAAACUUCAUCGACCCUAGUCGACAUGCCUUCAAGCUCUACCAUUCGACCUAAUCCUGAAGCUUCGCCAGUUCAAAAUGAAUCACCAAUUCAGAAAGUUUCAGUUGUUUCUCCAGUCUGCUCAUCUGCACCUUAG